GCCCAAUUUUCAAAAUGGGACUUCAUCCUGUAGUAUUAAUACUGGCCUGCUUUACAGUGUCUUUACUGGUUCAUGGAGGCCAGCCUCCUGAUGAAUCUCCUCAGAAAUGGUCAGAUACAUGUUCAGCAGAUAAAUGUGUAACUAUUGAUUUAAGUCAUAAAAAUGAGAUUAUUGUACAGGCAAAUAGAAUCUACUGUAUAAAGCCACUCAAAAGACUUUCCUUGAAAGGAUUGCUGUACAUUUGGCACAGGACAGAUAUUAGACUCAAUGGCUCUAAAGGAAGCGUACUAGUUAACGCUAACUCGACUGAAUUUGUUAUUAAGAGUAUAAAGGAUAAAGAAACAGGAUCUGGCGGAUCCUUUUGGCAACAAAGUCAUAAUGGAGUUUCUGUUUUAAAAUUGUCUCCUUUUGAUACUAAUUGUGUUGGAGUAAAAGAUAGUUCUCCUGCUAAGAUUGGCGGUAAAGGUACUGUAGCAUUUAGUAGAAGACUUCUAAUCUACUACCCUAUUCUUCUUUUGGUUGCUUUACUUCUUUUUUACAGUGCACCUAAAUUAACAAGAAAUCCUAAAUUUUAUUAUUCUAGUGGCAUUUUAAUUGGUAUUUUGGCAUCUAUUCUCGUACUGCUCUACAUUUUCAGUAAAUUGGUUCCAAAAAAGAACAUAAUUGGCAUCAGUGUGCUACUGGGGGGCUACUCAUUUGCUGCUUACUUCACUCAUUGGAUUUAUUCCCAAGGGAUUGAUUUUAUUCGUGAUAAUUGGCUAUAUUUACUGAUAUACUUAAUCACUUCUGGUUUCAUUAGUUUUGCUAUUUUAUAUCGUAUUGGUCCAGCUCAUGUUCGCACUCUACAAUUGAUACAAUGGCUCCUUCAGUUCAUUAGUUUGACUCUUCUCUUCUUCUCCUUCUCUCAAAUACAAGUCAUAGCUUUCAUUGCAGUGCUGGUCUUACUAGUACAUUACAAUACAUCACUCUUUUCAUUUGUAUUAGGACCACCCAAAGAAUUGUUUUUUCGCAUGUUUCUCUUUUUGCAACCCAACAUUCAAAAGAAGUUGUUGACUGUUGAAGAAUAUGAAGAGCAAGGAAGGGUUGAGACGGAGAAAGCUUUAAAGGAAUUACGCAAAUACUGUCGAUCUAAUCCUGAGUUUUGGGAUAAUAAACUCGUAAAUAUCAAUAAUCAAUCAAGGUUAUUGGAUUUUAUGUCAGGCAAGGAUCAUGUACCUAAUAGUGAAAAAGAAAGUCAUGAUAGAGUGUACUCAUCUUGGUAUGAUGACAGUGAUGAUGAUGAUGAUGAUGAUGAUAUUGAUAGUUCAACUGCUUCCCCUCAAGUCUCAUCCUCAUAUAACUCACCCUCACCCUCCCCUAGACACCAACAAUAUCACCAUUAUUAUUAUAAUUAAUCUAAACUCUUGGGACUUUAUAGGAUAUUAUUUUUGUCUCUUAAGAUAAUAGUGUAAUGGACUUGCUGCUGCAACACAGCAACAGUUCAAUAUACUCAGUUCAUGUAACUUUUUGUUCCAUUGUCACGACUCAAAACCUGUGACAACCAAAAAACCAAUUGUUCCAUUGUCAUGAAA